AUGCUAGGCCAUAAGGUUACAUCAUAAGCAACAAAAAAUAUUCCAUUCUAUAAUUAAUUUAUUGCUGGAAUAAAUAAACAAGUAUUUUUACAACUAGGCAUUAGUUAUAAUUGUGAAACACAAAGAAUGAACUCAAUGUAAAUAUUGAUUUAAAAAUUCGGCAUUAUUAUAAGAUUAAAUAUAAUAACUUGUAUAGAGUAAAAGGAGCUUAUUGCAAUAAGAUAAAAUAAACAUUAAAUUAAGUUAACAAAGCAAAUCAAAAUUAAGGAAUUUUAUCCAACUUAAUAUCAAUUGUAUAAAUGAUUCCAUACUAAGUAAUAAACACAUCAAAAUAGCUGUAUCUAUAGUGUAAUUGUUUACCAAAUUAGGUAAAAGAAUUGUAGAUGCAAUAGUACAACCACUAAUAAAUGCUUUGUCAAAAGAUGCUUCUUAAAAUCAUUUUGGAGAUAAUCUUUUAGAUUCCUACUUGCAACUUUCCAAAAACAAUCCCAUAAAAAAUUUUCCUAUCAACAUAAGUGCAAAGCAAUUCAAAAAUUUGACAAAUAGCAAAAACCUAAUAUUAGCAUCGUUUUUAAUAUGUGCUGAAAAUAAUGAAGAGCAUCAACCCAAAUAAGACUUUUCUUGUACCAUAUUUAUCUAAUAACAUUCCUCUAACUAAAGGCAUUACAAUAAUCUAAACGAAAACAGUAAGUUUAUUUUGAAUUGAUUCACGAUGAAAUGAGUUCUUAUUUCAGUUUCCAAUAAUAAUGGGUAAUCCACGAACGAUCGAAAUGAGAACAAGGAUAAACUUGUUGGAAAAAGAAUGACCC